AACCUCCGCGCCCUGACCUCCUGGGUGGGCAUCGCCCGGCUCUUCGCCGUCGUGCUGUCCUGCCUCGCCUUCAGCUUGGUGGCCUCCACCAGGGACUUUGGGGGUCCCUACGGGACGUGGUGCAUGUUCACCUGGUGCUUCUGCUUCGCCGUGACUCUGCUGGUGCUGCUGCUGGAGCUGCUGGAGCUCUACCCCAAGCUGCCCCUCUCCUGGGAUGACUUCACCUCGGCGUUCUCCAUGCUGGCAGCGUUGAUGGUCUUCACCACCUCAGUGGUCUUCCCCUCCACCUUCAUCAGCAGCCCCUGCAGCGGCAGCAAGUGUGCCCGGCAGGCCGUGGCCACCACCGCCUCCUGCCUCUGCUUCCUCGCCUAUGCCAUUGAGGUGGGGCUCACCCGCGCCAAGCCAGGGGACAUCAGCAGCUUCCUCUCCACAGUGCCCGGGCUCCUCAAGGUCUUUGAAGCCUACGUGGCCUGUCUCAUCUUCUCCUUGCUGGAUACCUACAGUUCGGAAGCUGGUUUGCAGUGGUGCGUGGCCGUCUACUCCAUCUGCUUCAUCAUCACCCUCCUCAUCAUCAUCUUCACCAUCGGCCGGUGCCUCACCUACAUCCCUUGCCCGCUGGAGAAGAUGCUGGUGGGCUACAACGCCCUGGCCCUGAUGAUGUACAUCACCGCCACCAUCCUCUGGCCUCUCUACAGCUUCAGGGGGAGGAACCGCCCCAACCCCUGCGGUAGGAACUGCUGGUGGAACAAGCACCUGGGGGUCACCUUCCUCACCAUCUUCAACCUCAUCGCCUACUUGGUGGACCUGGUCUACUCCACCAGGAUGGUCUUUGUCAGGGCACCUCCCUAA